GAGGUGGUGACGCCCGCUCCGGGAUCCAGGCAGCCUCCGCGCCCCCGGAGGGCAUGCGCCCCUCCGCGGGCAACUCGAGCACAGGGCCCCAGGCCCACGGAGUUGCCCAAGAGGCCGGGCGGCUCCUCCCCGGGGACCCUCCCCCUCUGGGGCGCGUCAUUCUCCCCACCCCCGGGUCCGACCCCGGCUGUUCCUCGCACGCCGGCCACGCGGGGGACAAAUCUCAGCCACCUGCUCCGGAGCCGGGGAGCCGGGGCACCGUCCGCCCCAUGGAGCUGCCGGCCAGCAACACCAGCUGCGAGAACGGUUCCCUGAUCAGCCUGUACUGCUCCUCCCAACAAGUCCUGUGCCAGAUCGUCGGUGACCUCAGCCCCCAGGUGCCCAGCAGUGUCAUCUCCAACAGCUGGCAGGAGAGGUUCAGGCAGAACUACAGCUUCUACGUCGGCCUGGGCCUGGCCAUCCUGUCCAGCUUCCUCAUCGGCGGCAGCGUCAUCCUCAAGAAGAAGGGCCUCCAGCGACUGGUGGCCUCUGGUGCCACGCGGGCUGUGGACGGAGGCUACGGCUACCUGAAGGAUGCAAUGUGGUGGGCUGGAUUUCUCACCAUGGCUGCCGGAGAAGUUGCCAACUUUGGGGCCUAUGCGUUUGCUCCUGCGACAGUCGUCACACCACUGGGAGCGCUGAGUAUCCUCAUAAGUGCCAUCCUUUCCUCAUAUUUCCUGGGAGAGAGUCUGAACCUGUUGGGGAAGCUGGGCUGUGUGAUCUGUGUGGCCGGUAGCACAGUGACGGUGAUACACGCCCCCGAGGAAGAGAAGAUCACCACCAUCGUGGAGAUGGCUGCCAAGAUGAAAGACACAGGGUACAUCGUGUUUGCUGUGCUUCUGCUGGUGUCCUGCCUCAUCCUCAUCUUCGUCAUCGCCCCACGUUAUGGACAAAGGAAUAUCCUCAUCUACAUCGUCAUCUGCUCUGUGAUCGGGGCCUUCUCCGUGACUGCCGUCAAGGGCCUGGGCAUCACCAUUAAGAACUUCUUCCAGGGGCUGCCGGUUGUGCGGCACCCUCUCCCCUACAUCCUGUCCCUCGUGCUGGCCCUUUCGCUCAGCACUCAGGUCAAUUUCCUCAACAAGGCGCUGGACAUCUUUAAUACCUCCCUGGUGUUCCCCAUCUACUACGUGUUCUUCACCUCGAUGGUGGUGACCUCCUCCAUCGUCCUCUUCAAGGAGUGGCACAGCAUGUCGGCCGUGGACAUUGUGGGCACCCUCUCUGGCUUUGUCACCAUCAUCCUGGGUGUGUUCACGCUUCACGCUUUCAAAGACCUGGACAUCAGCCGGACCGGCCUGCCCCACCUGCACAAAAACCCAACCCCGCCUCCCGCCCCAGAGCCCAGCAUCGUUAGACUCAAAGACAAGAAUGUUCUUGUGAACAACAUAGAACUCUCCAGCGCCCCAUCACCAGAGAAGAAGCCCGAAGUAUUUAUAAUCCAUUCGUAAAGCUUGGAAUACAUGAGUGAGAGGGUGAGCCCUGUGGUACAGCCUGACUGCUCAAUUUCAGAGCCACCUGGUUAUUUUCAACACAACUCUUACCAGUGGGCUCUCUUUUCUUGAGACGUUCAUUUAUACCUCACCGCUGUUUCCGGAAGAAAAAUCCCUACACAGUGAGCAGUGGUGGCAGAACCUCCUGGAAACACAGCCUCAGUGACCAAAUACCCUACUACACAUUGGUGCCAGCAGGUCCCCUGGACCUCCCGUCCUACUUGUUUCCUCGGUGCCAUCUCUGUGUUGUUGGGAAGAAGAUAGGAUUUGAUCCGUUGAAUGUAGCACAAGCCAAGAACUUCCCUGAAAUGUUGGUCAUCAGGAAAUCCUUCGCACUGGUUCUCCUCCUGAGACUGAUUCACCGUUCCUGAGCCCAAGACUGAAGUGCAGCUGGCCCUCCGAGGCCCAGAGAGCAACUCGCCAUGCCUCCCGUCCAGAACCAACAGACACACAAUUAUUGUAAAAUGUCUUGUUGCAUUUGCCACCUCAUCUUCGGAGACAGAGGCAAGACCUCAGCUGACCUGCUUACUGUGAAAGCCACCUGACGUCUCAGGGAAACACUUCCACCAGCCCCGUUCCCGGGAGCAGCCAGCCUGGAGGUCAGCAUCUGUUUCCAUCCACCCGACCCCUUCCCCACCCUUCCCUCUCUAGACACAUCCUAAGGAGUCAGUCAUGGAGACAUUCAGGCAGUUAUCUAAGAACUCAAAACAACACAACAACAACAAAAGGUGCUUGCUUCCCAGCCAAGCUAUGCUGGCCAAGCCCAGUGUUUCAUUUUGCCUCACUCUCCAAAGAGAACAGCGAUUGCACUGCUCUUAAAAGUAGCCUGGCUGUCGAGCAGAAUGCACUUUCCUUUUCCUCAAGGAGUAAACCAAUAUGAUUUGGGGAGAUGGGGAGAAGAGUAAGGGGCAGUCAGGAAAGCAGACACAGGCUCUCUGGAAACCAGGGGCUAACUUUUGUGUUUACUCUGGUGGUGAACCAAGAACCCAGGUGGAAAAGGCUCUGGGUAACUUGUUUUCUUCUGGACACACGGCGCGGCACGUGGGACCUUAUUAGUUCCCUGACCAGGGACUGAACCCGCACCCCCUGAAUUGGAAGUGCAGACUCUGAAUCGCUGGACCGCGAGGGAAGUCCCCUCUGGGUAACUUCUGGGCUGAAGCCUUAGAGGCUUGGCCAGUGGGAUCAGCUUUGAACUUCAGUGACCAAGUCGGGGGGUGUAAGCUCGGCACGGGGUGCAAUCUGGCUGUUGACCAGAUCGCCACCAAGUCCCCAGCUCCACUGAUGAGCUGCCCACACUGGGAAGCAGUGUGUCACGACUGCUCCACCACCACCUGCUUUGGGGACUGCCUUUGGUCCCCUCACAUUUGACCAGAGGCAGUCAAAAAACAAGAGCAGCUGGAGAGAGACAUAAUUAAUAUCCCCUCCCUUCCUGUCUUCUCUCCAGCAGCAAGAAUGUGAGAGUUGAUAUGAGGACCAUUGACAGGGAGGUAAGGGAGCCAGUAUAUCUGUAAAGAAGGAAGACCUGGCCCUCAGCCCCCAAGCUGGUGCAGAGCCUCCCCUGUGUAACUCCACACCCGUGCCUGUGUUUACGUCCUGUGCCCUAAGCAUAGCCAAGCCCAGGCCAAACUGUUGCUGGCCUUGUAGCUCCAAGGAACAGACUGGCUUCCUGCACCGCCAGCCUCAAAGCCACAGUUUUUAAUGAAUGUGGAUUUCUCUCUGUAACUAAAAUCAAUGCAACAUGUUGGAUCUUGAGAAUGACUGUAAUCUGAAGGCCCUGAGAGCGUGGUCUGCAGGGUCAGGAAUAAAGUGUGUGUUUAUUUGA